AUGAGUGACAGAGUUUUAUUGAAGGUGUAUUAUUUUGGGCAGAUUUUAUUACAAACAUCUGAAGGAGUAACAUUUGUUUGUGAAAAUCUGUUAGAUAUUGUGAUUCCUUUCACAAUCUCAUUUGAAGAGCUCAAAGGUGUAAUCUGUGAAAAGAUUCACUCUGAGAGGGCAAGAAGAGUAGCCUGUAUUCUAUAUAGAUACCCCGUACAAGUGUUUGGUGGAUUCGUCCAGUUUCAAACCAAAUAUGUAACGGACGAGGCGAGCAUGCAAGAGAUGUUUUCAAUGUAUAUUGAAAAUCGGAGUCAACUCGCGUUCAUCGAGUUGUAUGUUGAGUUCGAGCAAUCUGAGGCCGACCGGAAUAUUCUACGGGAAGAUUACAAUAGCGACAGCGAAGAAGAGUUCGAAAGCAACUACGAAGUUGUUGGUCCAGAUGGAGAUGAAGAUCAAGAAAUUCUGUUUGUCGCAGAUGGUAAAUUUGCCGUUGGGAUGGAAUUCAUUUCAAGGGAAGCUGUUAUUAAGGCGAUCAAAGAGUAUACCAUACGAAGAAGCGUAGACUACCGGGUGUAUAGAUCUGAGCCGUUGAUAUUUUAUGCUAAGUGUACACAGUAUGGGUCAGGGUGUGAUUGGCUUAUCCGGGUUAGCAUGAUCAGCCGGAAGUACUGUUGGGUUAUAAGGAGGUAUAAUGGCAGUCACACAUGCACCAGAGCAACAAUUUCUCAGGAUCAUUCGAAGUUGGAUUCAAAUACAAUUGCAGAAGCAAUAAAGCCGUUGGUUGAGGCUGAACCCUCCUUAAAGGUAAAAUCGGUUAUAGCAGAGGUGCAAUCGAAGUUCAACUACACCGUUAGUUAUCGGAAAGCAUGGUUGGCUAAGCAAAAGGCAGUGAAAAAAAUAUUUGGAGGCUGGGAAGCAUCGUACGAAGCCUUGCCUAUAUGGUUUGAGGCCAUGUGUCAUAAGGAGCCAUCAGCUGUUGUUCAUUUUGAGACUAUGCCUGCAUAUCAAGGUGAUGACUUGGUGACUGAUAUUCGAGUAUUGCAUCGAGUCUUUUGGAGUUAUUACCCCUGCAUUAGAGCAUUCAGACAUUGUAAGCCAGUUGUCCAGGUCGAUGGGACACACUUGUAUGGAAAGUACAAGGGUUGUCUACUAGUGGCAGUUUCACAAGAUGGCAACAACAAUAUCGUCCCCAUUGCAUUUGCUAUUGUGGAGGGAGAGACUUCUGAUGCAUUGUACUUUUUCCUUAGUAACCUUCGUCAGCAUGUUGUAACUCGGGAUGGUGUGGGACUGAUAUCCGACCGCCAUGAAUCCAUAAAUGCCGCUGUGGAACGGAGUAAUGGAUAUUCGAGGACGGUGCGGGAGUAUGAAGUUCGCUACCAACGUUUACGAGAACGGGGCGAGGCCUACACUAACUGGUUAAACCGAAUCCCCCGCGAACAGUACGCGUUGGCUUUUGAUGGUGGAUAUCGAUGGGGUCAUAUGACAACGAAUCUAGUGGAAUGCAUCAACUCAGUAUUGAAGGGUGCUCGCAAUCUACCCGUCACUGCCCUUGUGAAGGCAACAUUUUACAGGCUUAACGAGUUGUUCACACGGAAAAGGGCGGAGGCGGAAGCCCGGAUUAAUGCUGGGCAUGUGUUUUCUGAAGUCGUCACCUCGAAGUUGCAUGCAAACCAACUUGCAGCAGGAAACAUAUAG